UGACGUGUUUCCCCCAGCACUGUGUGCCGUGAGAUGAAGCACUAUCAUACACUAAACGAUAUCACAAACUUUAACGUGUGGAAACACACAGGGGAAAGGGUACGACGGUUUGUCCAUAACCAAUAGCUAUUUGUACUACAGAAGAGGUAUUUACAGUCCGUGUUAAAUUCGGUGUGACGCAGACGUUAACUGAAAAUGUAGCUAUCGAUUUUAUGCAUGUAACGUGAACGUUAGCAGUUAGCAUUUUAGCAAGCGGGGCCCGGCUUUAUGUAAGCACAAAAGCUGUGUACACCGCCUACUUUUUAUACAAUGUAUCCCUCUUGGGGAAAUUAUGGAGGAUCCCAACCGCCAAGCUAUGGAGGACCGGGGCCACGUAAACAGCCUGGCGGUGGCAUCUCUGGCCAAGCUGGGUUUGCUAGUUAUGAGGCCCCGGCCAGCGGCUCGAUGUUCGCCAGCCUUCAGGAGCAACACCUCCAACAGAUGCAGCAGCUCCAGAUGCUGCACCAGAAACAGCUCCAGUCGGUUUUACACCCCGGCUCCGGUAAUAAUUCUUACGGUGGGGGUCAUUCAGGGUCAUCGUGGCAUUCAGAUGGAUACCCGAUGGAGUCAGACAGUGGGCCUCCGCCGUACUACGAGGAAAGCGAGAUGCCUGGUCCGGCGAAUAGGGGUCCCCCUCCUCUUCCACAGGGCAACCAGCAGCCUCCUCCACCACCUCCUCAAGCUGCCCCCAACGAGGCCCAGCCGGUUCCUCCGCCUCCAGAGCCCCCGGCAGUGAAACCACCAGAGAGCAUGGCUGCUACCAAAGCCAAGGAGACCAACAAUCAAACUUCAUCUAAGGCAGAAGAAAACUCCUCAAACUUGCAGCUAAGGAAACCAAGUCAUCAUUUUGUUGAGCAACAGCAGCAACAGUGGUAUAAACAACAUCUUCAAAAUCUACAGAAGAAGCAAGAAAAAGCCAAACAGAAUCAGAAAGAGGGUCCUGCACCACCUCCACCUCAAGGCAAAGCAGCUCCCCCACCUCCUCCAUCAGAACCACCGAAAGGUGCACCACCCCCUCCCCCUCCAAAAGAAGAGCCCCCAGCACCUCCUCCACCUCCUGAGGAAGUACGGAGUGAAAAUGUAGGAAAAUCCCCUACAUUUACAGAAACACCUGAGGAGCCUAAAGACCCAGAGGAGGCUGCUCGCCUCCAGCAAUUACAGGCCGCUGCAGCACAGUGGCAACAGGUGCAGCAGCAGAGAGCAGGUAUGCAAUACCAGGCUCUCAUGCAACAGCACGAAAAGCUUCAGCAGAUCCUGGAACAAUACCAGCAAAUAAUUCAGCAACCUGAAAAUCUACAGUCAAUGUCAGCUGAAACACAGCUGAGGCACUAUGAAAUGCAACAGCAGCAGUUCACCCCUUUGUUCCAAAAUUGGGAUUGCUCCUUUGCCCUAUGGCAUGAACAGUUCAAAGCUUAUCCCCACAAAGACCAACUACAAGACUAUGAGCACCAGUGGAAGCAGUGGCAGGAGCAGAUGAAUGCCACCAAUGCCCAUCUUCAGGAGAGGAUUGCCACUUUAACUGCCAUGGUGCCAUAUACUUCAGUGCAGUAUGGUAGUGGGAUGAUGGGGCAGUAUGGCCAGUACCCUGGGAAAGACAUGCAAAAGCAGCAUCAGACAGUAGCCCCUGGUAUGCAAAAUUCCCCUGUUGCUGGGGGUCCUAGACCUAAAGGGCCACUUCCCACUGGCUUUGGGCCAACAUCAGAUUCAUCUGCUGGACCUCCUGUAAGUGGAAAUGGUCCUGCAGGCAUUGUCAGACCCCCAGGCCCCUCCACAGUUCAGCAGCAAGGUUUCAACAACAUAAGAGGUCCACGCGGAAGCAAUCCUAGGUUUGGCCAGCCACAGCAAGGUUUUGAUGGUCCCCAAAGAUUUGAUCAACCACAGCAGCGAUUUGAUGGCCCCCCUCAAUUUGAACAACCAAGAAAUCGCUUUGAUAGUCCCUCUCAAUUUGAACAACCAAGGCAGCACCUUGAGGGACCUCAAAGAUUUGACCAACCAAGGCAGCGUUUCGAUGGUCCUCCAAGGUUUGACCAACCAAGGCAGCGUUUUGAUGGUCCUCCAAGAUUUGACCAACCGAGGCAGCGCUUUGAUGGUCCUCCGAGAUUUGACCAACCAAGGCAGCGCUUUGAUGGUCCUCCAAGAUUUGACCAACCAAGGCAGCGGUUUGAUGGUCCUCCGAGAUUUGACCAACCGAGGCAACGCUUUGAUGGUCCUCCAAGAUUUGACCAACCUCGUUUUGGGCAGCCUAGGAUGGAACAGCCUCUGAGGCCUCCUGGACCCAUGUCUCGUUUUGAACGCCCACCAGGACCACAGGAAAAACAAUUACAAAGUCCCCAACCUAAGACCGAACCAACCAAUAAAGAACCUACAAGUACAGAUUCCAAAACUCAUGGGAAGCCACAGACUGAAAAAGAUAAAAAAGAUUCAGAAAUGGUUAAGCCCACUGCUGAAGACAUGACAGAUGAUAACUUGCUAAAUAAUGAGGGCUUUUUUGUCCAAAGCGACCCUAUUCCCCAGACAUUACAAACAGAUAAACCAGAGGAAUCUGAUAAUAAGGUUUCUAACAGUAGUGAAACCUCCAAACCUGUGAAGAGCACAUCUUCUGGAACUGUUCCUUCUACUGUAGUACAAAAAAAUACUUCUACACAAAAGCCUCCUGAUAAAUCUGUAGGGCCAAUGACAAACAAUAAACCUGAAAUUGUUCAAAAGCCUCCUGGAAUUCAACAAGGGCCACAAGCCUCUGGCCAGAUGAACUCAAGACUAGAUCCUGCGAAGCCCCCUCCUGGAAGAGGACGAGGCCAGCCCCCAGCACCAGUUACCCCUCUUGGACGAGGAAGAGGGCAGCCAGUUGGUGAAGAGUUCAGGGGGCCUAAUACUGAACCACUUGGGGAGGAUAUGGAAGACAUGUCGUACGACUACACGCAACCUGAAGAGAACUAUGAGAUGCCAGAAGAGCAGGAAGAAUAUCAGUGGGAAGAUCCCUCGUACAAUGAGUUUGGUGGUGAGGAAGAGGGACCCUCUGAGGAAAUUUGGAUGCCAGAGGAAGAUCACUUCUAUGCAGAGGAAGAGUAUUAUGAGGAACCCAUGGGAGGGCCCCAUAGGGGAAGAGGAAUGCCUCCAAUGAUGAGGGGAGGGCCUCCUAGGGGAAUGGGAGUCCCACCUUUUGGAAGAGGUGGUCCUCCUUUUGGAAGAGGAGGUCCACCGAUAGGUAGAGGGGGACCACCUUUUGGAAGAGGAGGUCCACCUAUGGGCAGAGGGGGGCCCCCAUUUGGAAGAGGUGGUCCACCUGUGGGUAGAGGAGGUCCUCCUAUGGGUAGAGGAGGCCCUCCCUUGGGUAGAGGAGGCCCUCCCAUGGGAAGAGGAGGCCCUCCCAUGGGAAGAGGAGGACCACCCAGGGGAAGAGGUGGCCCACCUAUGGGAAGAGGAGGCCCUCCCUUGGGAAGAGGAGAACCAAUGGAAAUGCACUGGGAAGAAGAGUCAGCUGAGUACCCAGAGGAAGGUGAUCCCUACUGGGAGGAGAGGAGACCUCCAAUGAGAGGCAUGAGACCACCAUUUCCACCUGGCCGGGGUCGUCCCCCUCGUGGUCAUCCUGGUUUUAUGCCUCCAGGACGGGGACGCCCCCCUCACCCACCACAUGGGCCAGUGGAUCACGAUCCAUUAGGCCACGGAAUGAAGGCUGAUGAGGCAGAAAUGGAUCCAGCUAUGAUGUACCAUGACCCCCAUGGCCAUCCAAUGCACCCUGAUGUAGGAAGAGGCAGGCGUCGUGUGCCACCACCACCACCUCAUGAAAUGUUGGAGUCUGCUGAGGAGCCUUUGUAUGAUGGAAGAAUGGAGGGAGAGUUAGGGUGGGAGCCGCCACACAGCAGGGGACCUCCUGCACCUCCACAUGAGAUGAUUGAUUCAGGAGGAAUGAGGAGGAGACCAAUGGGUAGAGAGAUGAGCAGAGGGAUGUGGCGGCCUGGUCCAACACAUGAAGAAUUUGAAGAAGGAUAUAAAGAAGGUUAUGUUGAGGAUUAUGGUCAUGGGGAAGAUGGAUAUCGUUGGCACCCCCCACCACCAGACUAUCCCCCAGAAGAUCGUCAUGAGGCACGGUACCGUGAGUCUGAGUGGGACAGAGAGCGUUCGCCCCUUGAAAGAGACUAUCCCCAUCGCAAGGCACCACCAGACCCCUACAGAGAUAGCCGCUGGCUGGAGGAAAGAGAAAGAGAACGGGAACGUGGACUCCCAUAUCCGUAUGAUGAGCAUGACAGAGGUAGAGAGCUUAGAGUCCGUGAAUACAGAGAUGAGCCACCCCCGUUGCCUCCACCACCUUCAGAAUGGGAAAGAUCAAGACAUGCUCCACUACCUGAGAGAGUGUAUCCUUCUGACUUUGAAGAUCGCAGACCUCGCUAUGAGGAUCACAGGGAAGGGUCACCUAUAGAUAGACCUUCAACUUUACUUCCUGCUGCAUCUGCUGCAAGCUUGUCGGAGAGCUCAGUUGAUGUGGCAUCACAAGGAGCAAGCGGAGCAAAUGUACUUGCUCUCUCCCAGCGUCAGCAUGAGAUCAUCUUGAAAGCAGCUCAAGAGCUUAAACUUAUAAGAGAAUUGCAGGAAGGAAAGACAGCUAGUACUGAACCUCAGCCUGCACCAGCUGACACCUUGCCUGAGCUUCCUGCUGGUCUUCUUGGUUUGGAGAUUCCAGCAGAUGUCAGGAACGUGUUAAAGGGUAUGAGUGCAGCUGCACAAACAACUGCAACUGAAGCUACAUCAUGGACAACAAAGCCUGCUGUAACAGAUUACCAGUCAUCUCUUCCUGCUGCAUCCUCACUUCAAGUGAUCCCAAAAACUGUGGAUUACGGGCAUGGCCAUGAGCCUGGAGCAACAGUUGAGCGUAUUUCUUAUGGUGAGAGAAUAGUAUUGAGGCCUGAUCCAGUGCCAUCAGACAGACUCUAUGAAAAAGAGCCUCUUGGUCUCAGAGAUCCUUACAGCAGAGACCCAUAUUAUGACAGAAGAUCUGACCCUUACCUGGAACGCCGGGAAUACAGCAGGGAACGGGAACUGUACAGGGAGAAGCUUCCACCUGAAUAUGAAAGAGAAAGAUAUGAGAGGGAGCGCUACCCCCCUAGAGAGAGGGAUGAAAGCACACAGUCCAUGGUUGAGGAAAGGUCUCCACUGGCAUCUGCUUUACGUACGGGAUACAGGGAGAGAGACCGGGAUGUCAGAGAGCGGUCACGAAGUGACAGUCGAGAUCGAGAUGAACAUUAUGGGAGGCCUGGCUACGAGAGACCUCCAUACGAGAGAACUGGACUGGACCGCAGUGGUUCUGAACGUUAUGGCCAUAGCUCCUCACCUUACGGGGACAGGAGAAGUUAUCCUGAAGAGCGUGUGCCUCCAGCUGCACCACCUCUCCCACCUCCACCCCAGCCUCCUCCCCGAGUCGAGAAGAAGCCAGAAAUCAAGAACAUUGACGAUAUCCUCAAACCACCUGGCAGAUCAUCAAGGCCUGAGAGGAUUGUAAUAAUCAUGAGAGGGCUUCCAGGAAGUGGAAAGAGCCACGUUGCAAAGCUCAUACGGGACAAAGAAGUUGAUUGUGGUGGCACACCUCCAAGAGUUCUUGUCCUUGAUGACUAUUUCAUGACGGAGGUUGAGAAAAUAGAGAAAGACCCAGACACAGGGAAAAGGGUCAAAAACAAGGUUCUCGAGUAUGAGUAUGAGCCAGAGAUGGAGGAUACCUACCGGAGCAGCAUGCUUAAAACUUUUAAGAAAACUCUGGAUGACGGCUUUUUCCCCUUCAUCAUUUUGGACACUAUUAAUGACAGGGUGAAACAUUUCGAUCAGUUCUGGAGCGCAGCCAAAACAAAAGGCUUCGAGGUGUACCUGGCUGAAAUCACUGCAGACACCCAGACGUGUGGAAAGAGAAAUGUCCAUGGGCGUAGUCUUAAGGAUAUAAUGAAGAUGUCAAACAACUGGGAACCUUCUCCACGUCACAUGGUGCGCCUGGAUGUCCGGUCCCUUCUUCAGGAUGCUGCCAUAGAAGAGGUGGAAAUGGAAGACUUCAAUCCAGAUGAUGAGCCCAAGGAAGCCAAGAGAGAGGAGGAAGAAGAAGGAGAUCUGGGCUACAUCCCAAAAAGCAAAUGGGAGAUGGACACUUCUGAAGCAAAACUUGACAAACUGGAUGGUCUUGGGAGCAGCGGGAAGAGGAAACGUGAAGACAUGGCAGGCCUUGAUCACUUCCUUCAGCUGCCAGACGACUAUGCCACUCGCAUGUCCGAACCGGGAAAGAAAAGGGUCCGAUGGGCUGAUCUAGAAGAGCAGAAAGACGCUGACCGAAAGCGAGCUAUCGGCUUUGUGGUUGGUCAAACAGACUGGGAGAGGAUAACGGAUGAGAGCGGCCAGCUGGCACAAAGAGCUCUGAACAGAACCAAGUAUUUUUAAGAAGAUAAUCUAAUGUCCUUUUUCCCUUUAUUAAAUGGUAUUGAGAAUGUGAACAGAGUGAGGAUUUCUAAUGGUUAAUGAUGAGACUCAUCCAGGAGACAUCAAGGAUUAUUAUCAACUUAGUUAUUCCGUUGAAAAGGACACUGCAGCAGUUUUUCUUAUUUUUAAGCACUCUGGUUGUAUUCGAUACAUUUGUAGUUUGCUAUUCUGUAGCUUUCUUGUCAGAUGUGCUGUAGGCCUUUUCAGUCCUGUUUUUUGCUGUUUUAUUAAAUCCAUGCUUUCUGUACUGUAUACCUGUAGCACCAUUUUUUGGUCUGUACAUACAUGACAAAAGACAAUAAAGUUCUAAAAACUUACUCAACCUGGAAAGACUUUUUUGGGUUGCCUUUUUGGCUUGUUUAUUCAAUGAAUCCUGUUUGUACUGGCUUGAAGAACAGUCAACCAAUUGUGAUAUAAAUGAAUCAUUACAUAUAAUGACUGCUCACAUGCAUCUGACGUCUUCUGACGCUCCGUUAAGAAUGCAUUAAUUCAGGUUUGUCACUGUACUUCAUUAAAGGAAGAGAGUAAUGAUAGUUGUUUGAAAUGAUGAAUUUUUUUUGGUUAAAUAUCCACUUAAAUCUUUGUUGACAGCAAGAUUUCACUUGACAAACAUCCUUGAUGCGUUUAGAAGCUGAGUGCAAUUUGCUUUUGUUUGUCUUGUCGAUAUGGCAACAACUACAUGGAAAAUUACACUAAGAAUACAGUAGGCUUGACAUUGAACUAUUUUUAAUUGUUAUUUUUGUUAUAAAUAUUUUCCUUU